UGAAACUUAAACCGGUGUAUUCCAAUCCCUGGUUCAUUUAAUUAAACCGGUGAUUAAUCGGGUCGGAUAUUCUUCCACAUUAAAUACCCGUUACCGGGUCGGAUUCUUUUUGAUCCGGACGGAGCAGACUCGAUUGGGGAACAAUUCAUUCUUCUGGGUGUGUUGUGUUUGAGUUUUUGGAUCAUACGAAGAAGAAAUCGGCGGGAGAAGCUAUGUCGAGGCUAUGGGCGAGAUUUGCGGGAUUGUUCAGUAGCAAGAGUUUUAUCGGAGUAGACAAGACUGGUAACAAGUACUUUUCCAGAAUGGAGGAGAUUGACGGAUUCGUGAAGGAGAAAAGAUGGGUCAAGUUUAGACGAGAGGAGGACCCAACCUCUAUUCCUGUUGAAUGGAUUUGUUGGCUGAAUGGGCAGCGAAAAAGGGCUCCUACUCCUGAGGAAAUGAUUGAACUUGAAGCAAGGCGUGAGCGUGUAAAGCUUAAUGUUGCUCUUCUCAAGAAGGAAGAGGAGGAGAAGAAAGCCAGAGUAGGCACCGGACGCAAAAUCACCAUUGGUAAAGUUGAUGGUCCAGAUUUGACAAGCUUUGUUCGCCAAUUUCCACCAGAUUCAAAAGGUGGUGAACCAGAGGAAGCUAGUGAAGAAGCAGAUAAAUCAAGGGCCAAGGAACAUGAACCCGAGAUAGUUUCUGCAGAACCACCCGAACCAAAGACAACAGAGCCAUCAGGAUCUGGAUCAUCAUUUAGGCCCGGGACAUGGCAGCCACCAUCCUAAACACAUCUCUCUUCACGCAGAUGACAAACCAACAUACUAUUCAAUUAUUUUGUUUGUUGUACUCUACACAACCGAUUGGUUUGAGCCUUACAGAUGAGCCAUAAGACCAGAGAGCUUUUCAAGACCCUAAAAUUGUGUCCUUUCACGCUGUCAUUGAGGACUUAGAAGAGUCAAAAUGAGAAGCCAUCUUCUUAUACUUUGUUUUGUUUAGGGUGUUUGUCUCUUGGCAUAAUGCUUGAGACUUUUAGCCUGCCUUGUCCUUCAUAGCUGAAGAGGAGCCUAGCUACCUUUUGUUUCUCUUCGUUGACUUGAAUAAAACAGUUUGAUUGAAUAACAGUUAUUCAUUUUCAUGUCAUGAUGGUAGUGGAUAUAAGAAAAAACAAAUACAUAGAAUAAUUAUUUUAAUGUUUCAGAGGAGAAAUCCU